AUGACGGUUCGUGAUGUAACUGUUGACAUUGGUCAAGAUAAUAAAACUAAUGACUAUACAACAUACUAUCGUGAUAAAGAUGAAAACUCCAUAACCCUUAACAAACGCGUUGAUCCAUAUAUAAAUGAUGAGGAACCACUUAAAGGGUAUAAACUCUAUGAGCACAGAACUCCGCAUGGCUUUUGGCCAUGGGAAGCUUCUUAUAAAGUUGGUAAGGUUAAAUACAGAGAGGUUCAACAGAAUAUAGAAUAUUCAUCCUCUGAUAAGAACCAACCUUAUAUCAAGGUAACUGUGAUAUACUGGAAGAAUGAUGAAAGCAACGAAUUCCCACUAUUACUUGGACUCCAUUUCGGAAUCAAAAAAAGCUUUUAUACAAAGAAAGAUCCUUACUAUACAAACAAUGAUUGGGAACCUGAAAAUAGUCUGAGUAAUUCAUCAAAAACUGGUAAUUACAAGAAUGUACUUGAUAAACUCAACACAAAAUUUAAAGACUUAGUAGUAGUAAAUCUUAAGACAAAUAAAGAUGAAAGCUACUGCGGUCACCCUUCUUUGGACUGCUUCAAAGCACCUAAAUCUAACUCUGGAGAACAUACAUGCGCUGGAAAUACUGUUAAAUUUCCCGCAAUAUCAGUUAAAGAGAAGAAGAAUAGACCCUUUUCUGGUUAUACAAAGUUCAAACACUCUUUUAAAACGGGUAAAAUGAGACUAUUUACCACAUACGGCGGAACAUCUUACAUACCAUUCAAGGAUCCCAUACUAUCUAAAGAAUGUAAGAGUGUUUCUGUUUAUUAUGGCUCUAGAGACGAUGGAAUAAGGAAACCUCUACUGUUGGAGGUGCCAGUUCAGGAAAACUCAUUUCCAAAGUAUAAGCAUUAUACUCUGAAUGAUGGUGCAUGGAAAUAUGAUGAAUCAAUUAAGGAAUAUAACCUAGCCCAUGAAUUAGAUGAACUAAAUUGUAGAUAUAAUAGUGUAGCUACAGUUGAUAUAUCACAGAAGACUAAUUACUGCUGUAAAUACAAAACUUCUGAGCAUAAAGAGAGAGUUUUUGUUGAAAGGAAGACUAUAUCUAUGAAUAUACCCAGUGGAUAUGAAUUGUAUGAACAUAGACCUAAUGAAACACCCGAACCGUUUUUUAACGGAAAUAGAUUUAGGGAUGGUAGCAAUGAUCAUAGAUGGCCAGGAGGUCCUAUUAUUGGUAUAAGUAAGGUAUUUGUAUAUUUCUCCGGAAGUGAUCCAAUUCUCAUAUCUGUGAAGCAUAGCAGUGGUCAUAAAUGGUUCAAGAGAAGACCUUGCAGAGGUUAUGGUUAUUGUGUUUGGACAGGUAAAGAUCUUGAUACCAUAGAGGGCAUAAACCCCGAAGGUAGGAGUGAUGCUAUUUACACAGCACUAAAAAAGAUAAGUGAAACUCUUACACAAAAAUGCACUCAUCCGCUUUAUUCACAAUACGGUAGCAGCUUAUGCCUGGAAUAUAACCGUUGUUAUAUAGACAAGUACAUUUUCCCAGAUAACGAGGAUCUUACGGAAGAUUUUGAUUUUGGUACUGGCCCUUUCGAUUUUCUGAAUUACUAUGAUCAUACGUUGGACUUUUCUGACAGUUCAGUGUACUAUCGAGUUCGUAGUUUCGUGGAGUCCUACGGUGAAAAAUUUAUUAGCGAUAUAAGUGAUGUUGAUUAUUACAAGAUUGGAGAAGAAGAUGAAACAGAAGGACUCGGUCCAGGAGCCAUAACAGGGAUAUCCGUUGCAAGUUUAGGUACAGGAGGAGGUCUUAUGGGAUUUGGAAUAUGGAAACUGUGGCCGGUAUUCGCAGCGCUACUCUAA